AUGAGAACCUCAGGACAGCUGAGGCAUUGCCCUACGAUGUUUUAUGCCUUGGCAUUGUGCCUCUUGGCCACAAGUGCGCUUGCCACUACGCCUUAUACUUAUUCUUCACCACCUCCACCACCAAAGCACUUAGAGACCCCUCCAACCCAUUACAAGUCCCCCCCACCACAAAAGUACGUAAAACAUCCACCACCUCCAUCACCAUCACCCCCGCCACCCUAUUAUAAGUCUCCACCACCGCCUUCUCAUUCGCCGCCUCCUCCUUAUGUGCACAAAUCUCCUCCACCACCCACUCACUCACCACCUCCACCAUAUGCUUACAAGUCACCACCUCCCCCUUCUAAAUCACCACCUCCUCCUUAUGUCCACAAAUCUCCUCCUUAUGUCCAUAAGUCACCACCUCCACCAUCAUAUUCUCCUCCACCUCCUUACCACUACAAGUCACCACCUCCACCAUCAUUCUCUCCUCCACCUCCUUACCACUACAAAUCACCACCUCCACCAUCACAUUCGCCUCCACCUCCUUACCACUACAAGUCACCACCACCACCAUCUCCAUCACCUCCCCCUCCAUACCACCACAACUCUCCUCCUCCAGUGAAGGCACCUCCACCUCCCAAAUAUUACUACAGAUCACCACCACCUCCAAAACACUACUAA